AUGUCCGAGAUUCAAGACUUCAAAGUUGACAUUCCGAAGGAGGAGGUUGACAGGCUGCAACGCAAGCUGAAGGACACAAGACUGCCAGGACGACCCGUUGUUCCUGAUGCUGGUAAAAACUACGGGCCUGAGUAUGGCUGGGCUGAGAAUCUCUACAAUGCCUGGACCGACAGUUUCGACUGGUAUGAAGAACAGGAGGAGAUGAACAAGGUUCCACACCAUAUCACCACCAUCGAAGACUUGAAGAUCCACUUUGUACAUGCCAAGUCAGAGAAUGCCGACGCGAUUCCCCUUCUCACCAUCCACGGCUGGCCUGGCUCGUUCUGGGAAUUUAGCCAGGUCUGGGAGCCGCUCACACGCCCGAGCAAUCCUGACGACCAGGCCUUCCAUGUGGUCUCUCCUAGCAUGCCUGGCUUCUGCUGGUCGUCUUGGCCACCACGCGCUGGUUGGAAGCUUCAGGAUAACGCGCGGGUCUUCGACAAACUCAUGAAAAGGUUGGGAUACAACGAAUACAUGGUUCAAUGCGGCGAUUGGGGAUCGUUUGUUGGUCGUGAAUUGGGAGCCAAGUACACCGACUCUUGCAAGCUCGUGCAUCUCAACUUCGCCCCGAGCCCGAUGCCUGAGGUUGUGGAAUACUCUGAGCGGGAGAAGAAAGUGGCGGAGAGGAAUGAAGAUUGGCUCAAGAACCACAUGGGCUAUGCGGUUUGCAUGAGAAGCCGACCUCAUACCAUCGGAAUUGCAUUGCACGACAACCCGAUGGGUAUCCUGAUGUGGGUCGGCGAAAAGUACAACGAAGCAGCCAACCCCGAGAACCAGAAGAAGCCCUUCUGGACGAAGGCGAUCCUGACGACAGCAUCGCUGUACUUCUUCACCGGAUGCAUCCUACCCUCGACCUUGCCUUACUACGAGAGCCCGACUCACGACAAGUUCCCCGAGUUUGCACUGAAAGAGGAAAACCGGAUCAAGGUGCCCUUUGGAUACACUUCGUUCUUGUGGGACACCGAGCCAGGUUCGAAGCGCGCUGUGGAAAGAACCGGCAACCUUGUUUUCUACAAAGAACGCGAUGAUGCUGGCCACUUUGCUGCGCUGGAGCAUCCCGAGGGUCUUAUGCAGGAUGUCCGGGAGCUGGCCUCGAAAGCCUGGAGGAACAAGCCCGAGACAGAGCCGGCUGGUAGACUCCCGGGUUCGACCUGA